AUGUCCUAUUCGCUCGUUCCACCCGUGCGGAUUUGCGAUUUGUCCGUCUAUUUUGGUCCCCGUCUGGCCUCAUCGAUUCCCUGGGUUCGACUCGCACGCUUUGCACGGUAUGUUAGGGGCCCCCGUCCGAAAGUAGACUUGCCAGAUCCCACGCCAUUCCUAACCCUUACCUUGCAUAGUACCGGACGGCACGCGCACACUAUCGCGCUAGAGCCCGCGCUCAUUCGCCUCGCCCGCCCGUUCACCAAUGCGUGGCUGUUCGUGAUCCUCGCAGCAGCCUACAUCAUUGGACUCGCCUUCUUCUCCCGAGCGCAGUCCUUCUUGACACCAGCUGACUCGUUCAUUGGUUGCACGGCAACGUAUUGGGCUGCGAACAACGGCUGCGGACUGGAUGGAGAGGACUGCGAGCCGUUCAGCAACACUACGUUCGACUUCCGCUGCCCCGCUGCCUGCAGCUCAACUGUGCUGCAGAAUCCGCGCACGGUAGGCGAUGUCCAAAUUGAAUGGGUGCCGCUCAUCGUGGGCGGUGGAGAUGCGAACAGAACAUAUCGUGGAGACAGCUUCAUAUGUGCCGCAGCCAUCCAGGCAGGUCUCAUCGGCGACUCCAAAGGAGGCUGUGCGUCCUUGGCUCUCACAGGCAAGUACACCGAUUAUUUGCCAUUCAGUGCAAAUGGCUUGGAUUCCAUCGGGUUCCCAACUUCGUUCCCACUCUCAUUCCGCUUCCUGAACACAACUCCCCUCCACCACUGUGAUGACCUCCGCACCCCAGCACUCGCAUUGAAUGUCAUAGUCACUGCCAUGAUCUUCCUAUUCCUGCGCCCUAAACCUGUCGUAGCGUUCUGGUGUCUUGUUUGCAUCGGAUUCUGGCACGUCGCAUUUUUCUCGGAGCCAAUGGCCAUUCCGCCUCCACUGGACGAUGCCUUCGCCGCUUUCCUUCCCACUCUGUUUUUGCCUUUCAGGUUUACCAUGCCGGUCUUCUGGAAAGCACCUAUCGAGGCCGCAGUGUGGUACCUUCCUACUUUCAGGACGGGCGUCCUCACGAACCUUACAAUGGACAAAAUCCCCGUAGAUCGUCUGUUAGCGUCAGACCUCCAGAGACAGCCUGGAGCGAUCAUCGCGCUAAUCAUUAUAAUCGUCAUCUUGGUGGUACUCGUGCUUAAUCAAGUUCGCGUAAUCCGCAAGACCGGUUGGCUAAUUUACUAUCUUGGGUGGUAUGUCGCAGGCGGGUUGACCACAAUGGUGCUUGCUUUGCUGCCUGGACUUGAACUUAGGCUGCAUCACUACAUCAUUGCAAUGGUUCUCAUACCGGGGACAGCAUUUCCGACCCGUUUAUCAGCAAUAUACCAAGGCUUCUUGCUAGGCAUGUUCUUGAAUGGAGUAGCCGCAUGGGGAUUCGACUCCAUACUCCAAACUGUUGCAGAUUUGCAAGGGGAUGGUGCAUCGGGCUCGAUCGUGCCUUCAUUUACGACCAACUCCACCAACUAUGAUGCUUCCGUAUCGAUGCAUAAUCAGACAAUCUUUUGGAACCCUCUGCCAGACUCCAGCACCGACUGGGAUGGUUUUUCUCUCAUCGUCGACGAUGUCGAACGUUACGUGGGAGUCGCUCUCAAUUUCUCCUUGGCAUCUCUUCAAAUGGGCUUGCCGCACUUUUUCCGCCUCGCGUAUACCGAUAUGGGCUCGGAUACUACCGGAGAUUAUACGAUGCCCGCAACGCUGUGGCCAAAUGGAACAUGGGUCGAUCCGCUAUCCGGAACCUCGACGUGA